UUAGCAUUUUUUUUUUUGGGCUAAUUUUUAAGACAAUUUUGACGAAUUAUUUGAGAACGGAAUAUUCCGGCGAUGGCGGAGGAGAGGUAUAACCGGAAGAACCCGGCGGUGAAGAGGAUCCUCCAAGAGGUGAAGGAGAUGCAAACCAAUCCCUCCGAUGACUUCAUGAGCCUCCCCCUUGAGGAGAACAUAUUUGAAUGGCAAUUUGCAGUCAGAGGUCCCCGUGAUUCAGAGUUUGAGGGAGGGAUUUAUCAUGGAAGGAUUCAACUGCCUGCGGAGUAUCCAUUCAAGCCCCCUUCAUUCAUGCUGUUGACUCCAAAUGGUCGUUUUGAAACUCAGACAAAGAUAUGUCUAAGCAUAUCAAAUUAUCACCCUGAGCAUUGGCAACCAUCUUGGAGUGUGCGCACAGCCUUGGUGGCCCUGAUUGCAUUCAUGCCAACUAACCCAGAUGGAGCAUUAGGUUCGCUGGAUUACAAGAAGGAAGAAAGGCGCAAACUUGCCAUAAAAUCACGUGAAGCAGCACCAAAGUAUGGCAGUCCAGAGCGGCAAAAUUUAAUCGAUGAGAUUCAUCAGUACAUGCUUACCAAGGCCCCGCCUGUGCCUGAGCUCCUUCCGGCCUCAGCAACUGAUGAACUAACUAAUGGCCCCAUGAAUAAUGUGGUAAACGAGGAUCCACAAGAUACUCCUAAUGCAAUGGCUGCAAAUCUUAAUCGUGAUGACGCUGCUUUAGCCGAGGGACACCUGAAUCCAGAAACUGAUCAAGGGAUGCAGGCAAACGUUCCCGAAGUCCAGUUGAAUGCAGCUGCAGGUCCUCAAAGGAUGCCUCGUGUGCGACAAGCAGCUGAAUCUCAAACGCCUGUUACCGAUCGCCUUUUGACUCGGGCAGCGAUCGGUCUGACAAUCGCUAUCAUAGCCCUAUUGUUAAAGAAGAUUCUGAAAACAAAUGGCAUUUUCCCAGCGACAAGUGACCUGUAAAUUCUCCAAUGACAGAAUGUAUUCUCUCCAAAAUCUUGGGGCGAGAAAAAUAUUUAAUGUGUAUGUAACAAGUUUGUUUGCACACUUUUAUGAUUUGUCAGUUGUUUUGGUUUUUGAUUUAAA